UGAGCGCGGCGUGCUGCUUGAGAAGCGAAGGUCAGAGGUCGUGGGGGCAGAAGGCGUUCUUGCGCUGGCCCUUUACACUAUGUAGUGGAAGCGCUGGUUCCCUCUUGCGAAUUCUGGAAGUUUCUCGGGUUCGACCGGGAGCGUGGCCACGGGAUUUCGGGUGUCCGGCUUAGAGGUGCCCGCUGGCCGAGCGGAGUGUUGGCCGGCGCUGCCAUGUUUGGCUGCCUGGUGGCGGGGAGGCUGGUGCAGACAGCCGCACAGCAAGUGGCAGAAGAUAAGUUUGUUUUUGACCUGCCUGAUUAUGAAAAUAUCAACCAUGUUGUGGUUUUUAUGCUGGGCACAAUCCCAUUUCCUGAGGGAAUGGGAGGAUCUGUCUACUUUUCCUAUCCUGAUUCAGAUGGAAUUCCAGUAUGGCAGCUCCUAGGAUUCGUCACGAAUGGAAAACCAAGUGCCAUCUUCAAAAUAUCAGGUCUUAAAUCUGGAGAAGGAAGCCAGCACCCAUUUGGAGCCAUGAAUAUAGUUCGAACUCCAUCUGUUGCUCAGAUUGGAAUUUCAGUGGAAUUAUUGGACAGUCUGGCCCAGCAGACUCCUGUAGGCAGUGCUGCUGUGUCCUCAGUUGACUCAUUCACCCAGUUCACACAAAAGAUGUUGGACAACUUCUACAAUUUUGCUUCAUCAUUUGCUAUCUCUCAGGCCCAGAUGACACCAAAUCCAUCUGAAAUGUUCAUUCCAGCAAAUGUGGUUCUGAAAUGGUAUGAAAACUUUCAAAGACGACUAGCACAGAACCCUCUCUUUUGGAAAACAUAAUUUGAAUAAAAUAAUUUUUAAUGGA